CUCCACCCGAGCCGCAUUAAAGGCGGCCCCCACCGGCUCGCGGUCCAGCCUUCGCGGUGCGCAGGCGCUAGCUCUCUCCUUGUCAUUCGGCGCCGCGUGCAGGCGGUUGACUGUGGUGGUGGCGGUCAAUUGUCUCCGGCACCAUGAGCGGUUUCAGCAGCGAGGAGCGCGCGGCGCCUUUUACCCUCGAGUACCGAGUCUUCCUCAAAAAUGAAAAAGGACAAUAUAUAUCUCCAUUUCAUGAUAUUCCAAUUUAUGCAGAUAAGGAUAUCUUUCACAUGGUUGUUGAAGUUCCACGCUGGUCUAAUGCAAAAAUGGAGAUUGCUACAAAGGACCCUUUAAACCCAAUUAAGCAAGAUGUGAAAAAAGGGAAACUCCGUUAUGUUGCGAAUUUGUUCCCCUACAAGGGGUAUAUCUGGAACUAUGGUGCCAUCCCUCAGACUUGGGAAGACCCAGGACACAGUGAUAAACAUACUGGCUGUUGUGGUGACAAUGACCCAAUUGAUGUUUGUGAAAUUGGAAGCAAGGUAUGUGCAAGAGGUGAAAUAAUCAGGGUGAAAGUUCUGGGCAUAUUGGCUAUGAUUGAUGAAGGAGAAACUGACUGGAAAGUCAUUGCCAUUAACGUGGAUGAUCCUGAUGCAGCGAAUUAUAAUGAUAUAAAUGAUGUCAAACGGCUGAAACCCGGCUACCUAGAAGCUACUGUGGACUGGUUUAGAAGGUACAAGGUUCCUGAUGGAAAACCAGAAAAUGAAUUUGCUUUCAAUGCUGAAUUUAAAGAUAAGGACUUUGCAGUUGAUAUUAUUAAAAGUACUCAUGACUAUUGGAAAGCAUUAGUGACUAAGAAAACGGAUGGAAAAGGAAUCAGUUGGGUCUGCUGAAUUGUCCAGCCUGAUCUGGAACUUGCAAUCCUCCUGCCUCAGCCUCCUAAGUCACUGGGGUAUGCACCAUCAAGCUUGGUCUCUCUCAUUCCCCAACCCUCACCCAUUUUUUUUUUUUUUUUUUGUACCAGGGAUUGAACCCAGGGGCACUUGACCACUGAGCCACAUUCCACAGACCUUUUUCCCCUUUUAAUUUUGAAACAAGUUCUCACUAAGUUGCUUAGGACCUUGCUAAGUUGCUCAGGCUGGCUUUCAACUCAAUGAUCCUCCUGCCUAAGCCUCCUGAGCCACUAGGAUUACAGUUAUGUGCCACUGCCUAUCCUGCUGUCAUUCCUUUUAUGUUAUUUCUAUUUCUAAUAUUCUGGUUCCUUUGGAAUUAUUUCUUAGGAAAAAGUAGAUUGCCACAUCACGGGAAAUAGAGAUUUCAUUACUGUAAUGGUUUUCUGCCAGGGAUUUGCAAUUUUGGUGCAGCAUGACUGUAUUUAGCAGACCAGACAACCUAUCUGAGCCUUAGUUUUCUCAUCUGUACAACAAUGAUGCCACCAUCCCAGUGCUGGAGGGAAUGUAUGAAGGACCUCCCUCACUGCCUGUGUCCUAAUAGAUGCUCAGCAAGAGCUAGUUGUAAUUUCAACAACACCAAAUGUGAUCAGUGCAUUUUUUUCAGAUUAGGAAACCCAAAGCAUUGGCCCAGUGUGUAAAGGAUUUAUUAGGAACUCUAAAUGGAAAAUUGAAUAUUUAUUCCAUCAUCACUGAGCUCAGGCCUGCAAAGGCUCCAGCUCAAUUUGCAACAAUGUCCUGUCUUUAAGCACACUGGCUCUGUAAGGGCCUAAACUGCUUUUGCACAUCCUUCUUUACAUUUAGAAAAAGCUGAUCCUGCUGCGUUCUGGGAUUCUCUGGGCAGAAUGGAAUUUACAUUGACAAGAAUGUAGUACAGCUGGGCGCCUUGGUACACACCUGUAAUCCUAGCAGUUGGGGAGGCUGAGGCAGGAGGAUCCAAAGCCAGCCUCAGCAAUUUAGUGAGGCCUUGAGCAACUUGGACCCUGUCUCUUGAAAGACCCUAGCCCAGUAACCCCGAGGCUUAGUUACAGAAUAACCAGGCCAUGUCACAAACCUGCGCAGGCACCAGAAGUGUUUUUGAAAUCAGUUAAGUGUAACCGAUUAAAAGGAAAAAAAAAAAAAAAACAGGAUGGUUGGGAAAGAGCAGAAGAAUAGAUUCCAGGGCAUGCCUGACUAAACAGGGGCUAAUAAGCAGGAAUAGAAAAAUCAGAGUGCUCAUAUGUAACUGUCAUAUGGUGUAAUUCCAGGAACAUAAAAUGAAAAAUAACUUUACCCUUUAGGUAACCUGUAUGUUGGGUUCAAAAUCACCAAUAAGAAACCUGUUGCUCACCGCGCGCGCGAAACCUGCCCCUUGACCCUAUAAAAAACCUGUACUCCAACGCCCGGUGUGCCAGUUCACCAAAGCUCCGGCUGAGGUUUCGCUGAGCACCCACAGGCGUCUGUGUCUGAAUAAACCUCUUGCGUUUGCA